UAUUCGGAAUCAGGGGAAUCGUUUCAUGUCUUAAUUCCCUUCUGCGCCUUUUUUAAGUGAAAGCUUGAUUAUUUUAUGGCAUGCACUAGAGCCAAGUUUGUUGUUUUACUCGUGUUUAACAUUCAAAUGAUUGACUGUUUUAAGUCCACGUUGAUUAAAGGCUUUCAUGUAGAUAGCGUGGAGUUAUUCCAAUAAUAACCCAGCAACAGAGAAUAUAUGGAUCCAGUUAACUAAUUGAGGAGGGCAACAAAAUGUGUGCUUGCACUUGCAUUUUCCGUGCUGCGCAUUGUAAUUAUUUUCCACUAAAAGCAGCCUAUCUGAUAAUUGAGAUAUCAUCUGCAAUUGAGCUGCACGAAUUUGUCAUGUUUUGUCAAUCCUUUUUUGUGGUGGUCUUCUUUUCUUUAUCAUGUUAUUGCCUUUCCUUAGUAGAACGGGAUUCCUCUUUAUUCUUUUAUCAUUUUAAAUAAUAAUGAUUAUUGCCCUUAAUGCAGCUUUAAUGAAGUUUCUGGACUGGUAUUUGAAGAUUGGGGCUGUUUCAGCCUUAGUCGGAGCCUCUAUGGAGUUGUUCAUGAUUAAAACCGGCUUCUAUGACAAAGUAACUGUUUUGGAGUCAGAGAAGCGUGCAUGGGAGAAUUGUCCAGAAGCUCAGGCAGUCAGAGAGGCUCUCAAUCCUUGGAAACAUCUUGAUUCUGAAAGAACGAAAAAAUCCUGACCUAAGUAUGAAUAUUUUUUCCCCCAUCUUAACGGAUUUUCAUGAGGACGUAGCUACAAGAAUGUUCGGGAGAAGAAGGAAGAAAAAGAACAAAAGUAAAGCAUCUGUGGAAUAAACUGAGAGCAUGAGAACCAGCAAUUAUGUUAUAAAUAUGAUACUGUACUAGCUAUUCUCUGGCUUGGUGAUUAUGGGAAGCCUUUAGAUGAAUCGCGACCUUCAAAUUGUAGGUCUUCAAAUCAAAUGGUGUAUUCCUGAUAUGUUAUGUUAUUUGGAAUGUUUGAUUGGAAUACUGUGACUAACUUUAGCUUUUCGAAA